AUGGAACGUAAUAAUGAAGCAUAUAUAGCGCACAAUGUACCAUCAUUUUCGUCUACUACAUUCAAUAAUGCAAAUUCUGGAAUCGAAUAUUUGAAAACAAUUGAUAGUUUAGUUGUUAAACAUAUGUUUUCUUGUAUGGAAGCAUGGACUGGUAUUGCAAUGCAAGCAAAAUAUGGAAUUUUUAAUGAAAAAGGUGAACAAAUUUUUCUUGCACUGGAAGAAUCAAGUUGUUGUCAACGUGUGUGGUGUACAAAUACACGUGCAUUUGUUCUUCAUAUAUUUGAUAAUAAUAAUCAGGAAUUAAUUCAACUACGUCGUGAAUUUACAUGUUGUUCGGGAUGUUGUUGGUGUGGUAGUUGUCCAUCGUGUAUGCAAGAAGUUGUUGUCGAAUCACCACCAGGCAAUGUUAUUGGAAUAAUUAAACAAGAAGGUAGUAGUUGGCGAAUGAAUUAUGUGAUUAAAGAUGCUCGUGAACAACCUAUAUUAUAUAUUAUUGGUCCAUGUUGUAUUUGUGAUGGACCUUAUUCAUGUUGUUGUGAGAAUAAAUUUACUUUAUUUGGUAGUGAUCGAACAACAGAAAUCGGAGCUAUUUAUAAAAAAUAUUCUGGCUUUUGUAAAGAAGCUUUUACAAGUUCCGAUGUUUUUUCAAUGCAUGUUCCAAUCAAUAUGGAUGUCAAGGCAAAAAUGCUUGUACUUGGUGCUCUAUUUUUGAUUGAUUUCAUGAAUUUUUCAUUAACACCUCAGCAACAAAGUUGA